AUGUACAAAUUGUUCAUAAAAUGUGUUGAUAAUAUCAAAUUGCACUCUUUAUUGCAGAUUUAUGCAAGUGAUGAAAAUAUGUUUGGAUAUCACACAUACUGGCAUGCAGAAAUGAGUAGAGAGGUGAUGUUGAUUGCUCAUGGUUCAGGGGAAGUGGGUAUCUUCGAUCAGAGAGAAGGGAAGUUAUCUUACAUGUACAAAUGUCAUUAUGGGACAGUGAGAACAGUACAAUGCCACCCAACAGUUGAAUAUUAUUUUGCCACGGGAUCAGGACAUGGGGAAGCACGAAUAUGGGACAUAAGAGAUAGUAAGAAAUUGACACCUGAGCCAGUUGUUGAUCUGAGGCAUCCAAAAAUUUUGACAGGAUGCUUUUUCUCUCCAGCUGGAAAUUACUUGAUAACUACAUGUACCAAUGGCAGGCUUACAGUGUAUGACACAAGGAGUUUCAGAUCUCAGAUCCCAAAAGAUUGUGACUCGAAAGUUCUUGGCCCACCAAUAAAAGUUGCCAGUAGUUCAAAUGUUUAUGACUAUUUCUCAAUAGAGUCCCUUUUUAGGGCCACACACUUUUGA